ACAGUCACAGACAUCUUGCCAUUAUAUGGAGAAUCGACGGCUAUGACCGUCUUGUCCCAAUAGACGAUCGACAAAACGACGGUCAUAGCCGUCUUGUCCGCGAAAAGGUUAAGAACAAUAUCAAUCGGACAGAAGAAGGCAGGUAUGUGGUAGCGUUACCCUUUAAAGACACGCCCUUUCAAUUAGGCGACUCUAAAUACACCGCAUUGAGACGGUUUUAUGCACUCGAAAAGAAGUUCGCAUCAAACCCAGAAUUCAAGAAACAGUACACCGCAGUCAGUCAAAAGUACAUUGACCUAGGACACCUAUCAAUAGCCACCGACAACCUACCUGGAUUCUACCUACCCCACCACGGAAUCCUAAAAGAAGGAAGAAUCACUAAGCUGCGGGUGGUCUUUGACGGAUUCGCCAAAUCGUCCACCGGCAUUUCAUUGAACGAAACACUAAUGAUAGGCCCAACAGUUCAGGACGAUCUGCUUGCACUAAUUCUCAGGUUCCGCAUGCACAACAAUGUCUUGACAGGAGACAUUGAGAAAAUGUACCGUCAAUUUUCAGUUAAAGAAGAAGAUCGAAAGUAUCAAAGAAUACUUUGGAGGGCCACCGACGGAAAAAUAACAACAUAUCAAUUGAACAGGGUUAUUUUCGGCUUAUCCGCAGCCCCAUGCUUGGCAACAAGAUGCAUAAAUCAAUUAGCAACCGACGAGGCACACGCAUUCCCUACAGCAUCCACUGUAUUGAAAAGGGAUUUAUACUUGGAUGAUUUAAUCACAGACACACAAACGAGAAAAGAGGCAAUACAGCUUCGAGACGAAAUCAUCCAAUUGCUACAGCGCGACGGAAUUCACAUAAGACAGUGGGCCUCAAACGACCAAUCCUUGCUCGAAGGGUUACCUGAAGGCACCAUCAAUCUAGAAUUGCAAGAGGACCACACGAUAAAAACACUAGGAGAAGCAUGGAAUUCACAGAACGACACACUUGAG